GUGAAAUGUUGUGUCGAAAAAAGAUUGUAGAAUAAAUAAUAAAUUUAUGAAAUAAAAGUACUUUUAUACUGUCUCGUUAUUUAAUAGCUGGACCUCGUAACUGUUAAUAUAAUAUUAUAGUGAAGUAAUUUUGUAUUGUUUACUGUGAUUAGGAGAGUGCCAUGUCAAAAAGUAUUUAUUUUGCUUAUGGAAGUAAUUUAUUAUCAAAACGGAUUCAUCAUAUGAAUCCCAAUGCAGUGCGAUGGGGAAAAGGAAUAUUGAAAAACUACGCAUUGGAUUUUGGUAAUUAUUCAACAUUUUGGAAAGGAUGCGCAGCUACAAUAGUAGAAAAACCCGGUAACGAGGUUUGGGGAGCCUUAUGGGAAUUAAAUGACGUAGAUUUCGAAAAUUUAGAUAAACAAGAAGGUGUGCAUUUGAAUAUUUAUCGUCCUAUAAUUGUUGAUAUUGAAACACCUGAUGGUAAAAUAAUCAAAUGCAAAUCGUAUCAACAAGUAAACAAGUACGAGGAAAUAGAUUUGACAAAAUUACCCGAAGAUCGAAGACCUAGCCCGGCAUAUUUGAAUGUAAUAGUUCAAGGUGCCGAAGAAACCGGCUUACCAAAUGAAUAUAUUAAUUUUUUAAAAACUGUAGUUACUAAUAGUACAACCUAUAUACCAAAUUUUGAUUCAACUUAAUUAAAUAGAUUUUCAAAAGUGCAAUGGACAAUAAGAGGACCUACUUACAAAAUAAUGGCUUUUUUUAUAUGUCACUAUAGUGGCGGCUCGUGGCAAACUAAAAAAUUUUAGGUGUCCUGCAACGUUU